ACGUGGGGCUACUGCUACACAGUAGCCGGGGCUCACAUGCACCGUCCACAGAGAGAGAGAGGGAGAGAGGUGGGCAGAUUUGAACUUUUGAUCAGAAAUGGUAGAGUAGGCACAUUUUGCAUGCCUGUACUGCUACCUUGGUAUUCUCAUUCACCACUUCGAGUUCACAACUUCUCCCACCAUCCGCCUCCACAUCAGCCCUGAUACAGAGAGCAAGAGAACGAUUCGGUUCGAAGCAUCCGAUGCAUUUGGGGGUUAAUUGCGGAGGAAGAUUGGGUACAAAUGUUAUUGCCGUUGAUGGCGAGUUUCCCUCGUUUUUACCGAAGGAAGUUAAAGAAAUCAAGGAUCCAUUUGCACGAACUUUGGCUCAGAGGAUUCAAAGGCUUCCUGUGAAGGUCGGAUUUUCCGAGAGUUGUAUAAUGAGCAGCUGUGUGAAGCCAAGGUUUCAACAUGAUACCGAUCCAGUGGUCCUUCUCCAUUGUUUCGACAGUUCUUGUUUAGAAUGGAGAUGCACGUACCCAUUACUUGAGGACGCUGCUUUGGAGACUUGGGCAAUAGACAUUCUUGGUUGGGGUUUCUCUGACCUAGGUUCAUCUUCAAAUCCUUACUCUAAUUUCAGAGGAGAGAGAGAAUAUAAUUUUUCUCUUAGUUCAGACUUCCUCCCUGCGAUGCGGCAUCCAAAAGAUAUCAUCUUUACCAGGUGCUUUGGAAAGAUAACAUCCAGGACGCCGCUUUGGAGGACUCACAUCAAAAGACCAAUGAUACUAGUCGGACCAAGCCUUGGUGCUGCAGUUGCGAUUGACUUUGCCGUCAACUUUCCAGAAGCUGUUGAGAAGCUGAUUCUUAUCAAUGCAAGUGUUUAUGCUGAAGGCACAGGGCUUCUGACAAAGCUACCAAAAUUUUUAGCAUAUGCUGGGGUCUCUUUGUUGAAGAGCCUCCCACUGCGGCUGUAUGCCAAUUUGCUAGCUUUUGAUGACAUACCCUUAUCAAAAUGCUUUGACUGGGCCAAUGUCGGCCGCCUACACUGUCUUUUGCCUUGGUGGGAAGAUGCUACUGUGAAUUACAUGCUUAGCGGUGGCUAUAAUGUUGUUAAUCAAAUAAAGCAGGUGAACAAGAAAGUUCUUGUCAUCUGGGGAGAGUGUGAUAACAUUGUCAACAGUAAGCUUGCAAUGAGACUGCAUGGUGAAUUGCCAGAUGCAAGCGUCCACCAAAUACCUGAUUGUGGUCAUCUCCCGCAUGUUGAGAAGCCUGAGAUAGUUGCGAGGUUAAUCGCGGAUUUUGCGCGGCCUGGGGCACCUAAAGAGGAGCAGGAGCCAAUUGUCCUGAACUCCGUUGAUGGGAAAAACACAUUCUUGUUCAAUGUUCUGAGAGUAGAAAAUGCCUAGGAGCAUUUUAUUUAGACUAGCGGUCUAGAAGACACCACACAGGCUUCAUGUAAGUAAUACUACAACUGUUGUAAUGGCGGCUUGUCUGAUUCUGGAUUUGCCGUCUCCUUGAAGAUUAAAAACCAUGGUACUAUUUAUUACCAGCUUAGUUCCUAGUUAUUUUUUUGCCCAUGUAUAUAUAUAUAUGCAGACAGGAUGGAGCUUUAAUUCCAUAAUUUUAACUCUUGGAGUA